AAACUUCAGCGGCCAGACUGUUGAUUCGACCCACCCUGUCAGUAAAUAAAUCAAACAAACUCCAGGCACGGACUGAGACAUGGGUGAGACAGCUGGCAGAGAGAAUGGGAUUGUUACAAGAUCUGCUGAGUAUAUUGGUUCAUUUCCUGUGGAUGACUGUUGUUUGGAUGAUCAAAUUCAGCAGCUACACACUCACCUAAAGUCCCUAAAGAAUUGCAGAAGCAAGCGUGCAGUUUUAUUAAAAUUCUCUGUCAAAGGAGUCAAAGUUUACGAUGAAGAUGAAACGACGCUCCUCAUGGCACAUGCCAUGUGUCGAGUCUCGCUGUCCACCAUCCGUCCGUCUGAUGCCCAGUUUGCCUUUGUCUCUCAUAAUCCUGGAGGUUCUGAUGUGCAGCUCUACUGCCACCUCUUUAGAGCCAGACAUGCCCGAGCUGCCCAGUUCCUGAAUAUGCUGCUUUGCCGCUGUUUCCAACUGUAUUUCCUGGAGAAGCACCCAGAGGAGGCUCAGAAUGAGUGUUCAAGGAAGAAACCCACUCGAACCCCAUCACUGCUUAAUCAUGGUUUCCCUCUUAGUGUUAGCGCCUUAGUGUCCUUCCGAAGGGCCCCGACUCAAGGCCUCCUACCAGGGGCAAAGGUAUUCUCUGAGCCAAACACUGAGCGUGUGAGCAGUCCUGAGGAGGGCCCUACUUCCUCUCCCACUAUAGUUCGUAAAAUGGCGAUCCGGACCAAAAAGCUGCGUUCUGGAGCAUACCGCUCAUUUACUUUUACUCCCCUCAAACAGCGCCAUCUGCAGGAUAAACUGCGUGCUCCACAAGAAAAGGAUCAGGAAAGUGCAAAAGCAUGCAGGACUCGAGAACCCAAUUUGGCUGAGACAGAAGAAGCUCUGGCUCAAGCUGUGUGGUGCUGGGCUGGCCUGUCUAGUGAUUGUAGCUCUUCGCUGCUGGCAGAUGAUGUCCUUGGUGCCUUCCUUCUGUGUCCUCAUCCCAAAAAGCCCAAUCGUGGGUCUCUUAUAGUUCGCUUUCCAUCAGGUCUGGCAACCCAAGCUAUAAAGUAUUCCAAGGGGAAAUUCCACCUUGAGAAAUGCCACAAUGAGUUUGAAAGCCUCGCUGCUUUGAUCGAACACUACACCAAUUUCAGUGAGGAGCUGGAAUGUUCUCUGAGCAGCACCCGUGUCAACCACUGCUAUGAUUGGGAGGAAAUAGUGAACAAGAGCUCACUUACACAAGACAGCAAGAAAGGCACAUUUAAAAACUAAAGUUUGGUAUGAAUCCUGUCUUUCCCCCAAUGUGGUCAUUACCAUUUUUUAUUAUUUUUCUUUUUUAAAGAUUCAAUAGCUGCUGACAUUUGUAAGGCUUCCUAACCAGGAUCUAAAGUCACUUGCACAAAUUUUUUUUCUACAAACACUGUUUUGCCUGUUUGCAAUAAUAACCUCAAUAACUUUAACUCACCUGAAGCACUGGAGUUUAAAAAAUUAAAAAAUAUGCACUUAUUGAGAUUGUUUAUCAUGUGAAUGUCAGCUUUUAAAUAUAUACUUAUAAGUUUAUCAGAGGCACAGACUAUGUCCACCAAAUAUGGGAGGUGUAUAUAUUGACAUCAUGGGUUGUAUAUAUUGGUCUUUUGGGGUUGUAUAUUGGCACUAGUUUAGAGAACUUCAGUGAUGACCUAAAUUUCUAAAAACUUCCACUAUCCAGUUGAUGGUCCUUAAUGUUUUCUACUUCUUAAAUUCACUUUUUCUCUCUUGAAAACACUCCUAUGUAAAUUAAUUGU